ACAAAAUGGCUGGAGCGGGCGGCAGCGACGGUGAAGCCCUGGUUCCCAGGAUGGAGAUCAUAGAAAUGAGUGAUGAGUUAAGAAGAAACAAGCAAGAAAUUGUGAAUGGAUUGAACAUAUUUUUGGAAGAAAAUGAAGAAGAAGAAGUUUCUUUAGAAGAGCUUGAAGAAGAAUUUGACAUUCUUGAGGAGGAAGAAACAGAAACUAUAAGUGAAGAUGGUAGUUCAAAAGAAGCACAUGAUAUUGUAAGAACACCUCAAAAAGUGUCCCUCAGGAAUAUCUCAUCAAUGACAGACGAAGAGAGGCUUAAUAUGAGAAUAAAGAAGUUUGGUAUAAUUACAAAUGAAGAAUUCAGAAAAUCACCAGGAAAUUCUUGCUUUGGAUUCAAUAUGUCAGCUGGCAAAGAAGUCAAUACUGACAUGGAAAAGAAAAGAAAGAGACUGGAACGCUUUGGACUGCUUUGAUAUUCUACCUUAACGUUUCCUCUCCAAGUUUUAUAUAUUAAAGUAAAUAUA